CGCAAAUAAGAAAAUUAAGUGCAGCAAAGGAGUCUCGUGGUGGUCAUACCGCUCCUCCAUCAUACGAUGUCGUGUUCACCGCACCAACGCAACAUGGUGCUGUAGAGGCGCACUUAGACCGGUCUUAGGGCUUAGAUUUUAGUGGUUAGUAGACGUUUUGUCUGACUCGUUAGUCAAUAUGUUUGAUGCGAGCAAAUUUGAUCUCUAACUCGGUUCAUAAAGAAAAGAAUUGCUGACUCGGUAACGUUCACGUUUUUGCCCUUUGCCCUGAUACCAUCGGCAUCACAGACGCUCCCAUCUUGAACGAGACUUCACCCAACGCUGCUUCAGCCUCGCCGGACACCUCCUCCACCGUCGUCCUCUCCAGCGCCGUCCACCUCCUCGACCGCCUUCCUUCCCUCGAAUUGCAAUUCAAAUACUCUCCUUUUAUUCAACCUAACAUUGACAUCGAAGGAAACAGCUUAGGUUAUUGGUUGAUCAGUAUUGUGUGUUUAGUUUUUGCCCACCAUCUGUUCGCUAAAAUUCUUCAGGGGCUGUUUGAUGCUUCAAUUUCUACUCUUCUUUCCCACUAAUUGCACUGUGCGAUUGGGCUUUUGCUACAACACAAGCUCUCAGUGUGUAAUGCUUCGAUUUAUCAUUUAGUGCCCAUCAUAUGAAGAACACAAAGAAUAUCAUACUUCCAAGAUUCGGCUUUUGAUACAACACAAGCUCUUAGUGUUUCACAAGUUUUGGGUGUUUGGCAGUGUGCAAACUCUGUAGCAUACUUACAAGAUUCUCCUCCAAAUAGUGUUGUUCAAGAAGUUAUACUGGUUGAUGGUGUAGAAAAGUUAUUAGUAAGAGAGAAAGAGCAUUUGGUAUUACUCUGAAAGAACUUGUGGAGUUCAAUAAAAGAAACAGAAGAUGGAGAAAAAACUUGCUGUGAGCAUCUGUUUCAGACGAUGAAUUAAAUACAAGAGCCAUGGUAGAACUAUAGAAAGAGCCGAGAGCAUUGAUUUGGAAACAACUUUGAGAGUGGAUAAAGGGUUUGCAACAAAGAUGGAAGAUGGACAAUAUCAUGGUCAUGGUGCAGCUGAGGAUGAUGAUAGCUUAUUGAAUUUAACAACUUCUAAUGCUACUACAAGGAAAACAACCGGGAGAUGGGGAUCAACAUUUUGGAAGGACUGUCAACCCAUGCAUCAGAAGCAUGGGUCAGAGGAAUCAAAAAGCAGUUCUGCUUACAACAAUGAAGACGGAUCUGGCAAUGAUUUGUCAGAUGUGGAUAAGGCAAAUAAGGGUCAAAAUGUGGAUGAGAUGCUGUCUGAUGAUUACUACGAGUUGGAUGGAGAUGACCAAAGUGAUUCAAAGCAUCACAAGCUGUUAAAUAAUGCAGCUGCAGGUGGUUAUAAUUCAAUGCCACAACGGGGAGUUUCUGCCAAUAACUUGGUGUCUAGAAAGAAGUCAAAAGAUUCAUCUCGGGGUGCAUACGUGGAAGAUGCUGAUUUUGAAGAUGACGAGGAGGAUGAAGAAGAUGAAGAUGACCCUGCUGAUGCAGAUUUUGAUCCCGACUUAGUCACCACAAGUGUUGGAAGAGGGAAGAAGGGACAUGAUGAUGACUGGGAUGGUGAGGAUUUGGAUGAAGAUAACUCUGAGGAGGAUGAAAUCGACAUUUCAGAAGAUGAUUUUUAUAAAAAACCAAGUGGUAUGCAAAGGCAGAAGAGAGGGCGUAGUAGUUCAAAGUCUAGUAGAGAACCCAAACCAUCUACAUCUACAUCUUUUAGCAGGAGGAAAAGAGGGAGAGCUUCAUUUGAUGAAGAUGACUCAUCGCCAGAUGAUGAUUUAGACGAUGAUUUAGAAGAGGACUUCAAAAGUACAAGAAGGAAAAGCAGCCAUCCUCGCAAAGACACAUCUUUUCUUACAAAAGGUUCCGGAAGGAUCAAUGAAGUUAGAACUUCUACUAGAUCAGUGCGGAAAGUAUCAUAUGUUGAAAGCGAAAGUGAGGAGCAUGAUGACGAUAUCAAGAGAAAGGGCCACAAGGAUGACAUGGAAGAGGAAGAUGGUGAUUCGAUUGAGAAGGUGCUAUGGCAUCAGCCAAAGGGCAUGGCAGAAGAAGCUGCAAGAACCAACAGAUCUACAGAGCCUUUACUGUUGAACCAAUUAUUUGACUCGGAGCCAGAUUGGAACAAUACUGAAUUUUUUAUCAAGUGGAAAGGCCAGUCACAUUUGCAUUGUCAAUGGAAAUCGUUUUCUGAACUACAAAAUCUGAGUGGCUUUAAAAAGGUUAUAAACUACACUAAGAAAAUCAUGGAGGAAAUAAGGCAUAGGAGAACAGUAUCUCGUGAGGAGAUUGAGGUCAUUGAUGUGAGCAAGGAGAUGGAUCUGGAUCUUAUCAAGCAGAAUUGUCAGGUUGAGAGAAUAAUUGCUGAUAGAAUCGGCAAAAGUUCAGAAGUGCCAGAGUAUUUGGUUAAGUGGCAAGGACUCUCCUAUGCUGAAGCAACAUGGGAGAAGAUUGAUGAUAUUGCUUUUGCACAAGCAGCAAUUGAUGAAUACAAGGCUCGAGAAGCUGCCCUUGCAGCUGCACAUGGAAAAAUGGUAGAUUUUCAACGAAGAAAGAGUAAAGCAAGUUUGAGAAAACUUGAUGAACAGCCGGAUUGGCUAAAAGGCGGGAAACUGAGAGAUUAUCAACUUGAGGGGUUGAAUUUUCUUGUUAAUAGUUGGAGAAACGAUACAAAUGUGAUAUUAGCUGAUGAAAUGGGUCUUGGAAAAACGGUUCAAUCUGUUUCUAUGCUUGGUUUCCUCCAGAACUCACAACAAAUUCAUGGGCCGUUUCUUGUUGUUGUUCCUUUAUCAACCUUGUCAAAUUGGGCUAAAGAAUUCAGAAAGUGGCUUCCUGAUAUGAACGUGAUCGUAUAUGUUGGGACCCGUGCUAGCCGAGAGGUUUGUCAGCAGUAUGAGUUUUUCUCUGAUAUGAACACUGGUGGAACUACAAAGUUUGAUGCCCUAUUGACUACCUAUGAAGUUUUACUAAAGGACAAGAUGGUUCUAUCAACAAUUAAGUGGAACUAUCUUAUGGUUGAUGAAGCACAUAGAUUAAAAAAUAGCGAAGCUUCAUUAUAUACAUCACUCAAGGAAUUCAGCACGAAAAACAAGCUUCUUAUUACUGGGACUCCCUUGCAAAACAGUGUUGAAGAACUAUGGGCGUUGCUUCACUUUCUGGACUCUGAUAAAUUCAAUAGCAAGGAUGAAUUCGUUCAAAACUACAAGAACCUGAGCUCAUUCAAUGAGAUUGAGCUUGCGAAUCUUCAUAUGGAGUUGCGGCCCCACAUUCUGCGAAGAGUUAUAAAGGAUGUGGAGAAGUCCUUGCCCCCAAAGAUCGAGCGUGUUCUCCGGGUUGAGAUGUCCCCUCUACAAAAACAGUAUUACAAAUGGAUUCUUGAACGCAACUUUCAUGACCUCAACAAAGGUGUACGUGGAAAUCAGGUUUCCCUUCUGAACAUUGUGGUGGAGUUGAAGAAAUGCUGUAAUCAUCCAUUCCUGUUUGAAAGCGCUGACCAUGGUUAUGGUUAUGGUGGAGACUCUGCUAUUAGCGGUAGCAGUAAACUGGAGCGGGUAAUUCUUAGCAGUGGAAAGCUAGUUAUCCUUGACAAGCUUCUUGACAGACUUCAUGAGACACAUCACCGGGUUCUAAUAUUUUCACAAAUGGUUAAGAUGUUGGAUAUUCUAGCGGAAUACCUAUCAAUUAAGGGGUUCAAGUAUCAGAGACUUGAUGGAAGUACAAAGGCUGAGGUCCGGCAUCAAGCCAUGGAGCAUUUUAAUGCGCCUGGCAGUGAUGAUUUCUGCUUCCUUCUUUCUACUCGUGCCGGUGGUUUAGGUAUCAACCUUGCAACAGCAGACACAGUAAUCAUAUUUGACUCUGACUGGAAUCCUCAAAAUGAUCUCCAGGCAAUGAGCAGAGCCCAUAGAAUCGGACAACAGGAGGUUGUUAAUAUCUAUAGGUUCGUGACAAGCAAGAGUGUUGAGGAAGACAUCUUGGAGCGUGCAAAAAAGAAGAUGGUACUUGACCAUUUGGUUAUUCAGAAACUAAAUGCAGAGGGAAGAUUGGAGAAGAAAGAAGCGAAAAAAGGGAGUGCAUUUGACAAGAAUGAGUUAUCAGCUAUUUUAAGAUUUGGGGCGGAGGAACUGUUUAAAGAAGAUAAAAAUGAGGAAGAAAGCAAAAAGCGGCUUCUGAGCAUGGAUAUUGAUGAGAUUCUUGAAAGGGCAGAGAAGGUUGAACAGAAAGGUGCUGAAGACGAGGCAGGACAUGAAUUGCUGAGUGCAUUUAAGGUUGCAAAUUUCUGCUCUGCUGAAGAUGAUGGAAGUUUUUGGAGUCGCUGGAUAAAACCUGAUGCCAUCUCACAGGCUGAGGAAGCCUUAGCCCCUCGAGCUGCAAGGAACAGCAAGAGUUAUGCUGAGGCGACCCCAUCUGAGAGAAAUAGUAACAAAAGGAAAAAGAAGGGUGUUGAAUUACAACUACAAGAGAGAGGAAUAAAACGCCGAAAGGCUGCUGCUGAUUAUUCUACUUAUCAACCACCUGCACUUGAGGGAGCUUCUGCUCAAGUCAGAGGCUGGUCAUAUGGGAGCUUACCAAAGAGAGAUGCUACACGUUUUUUUCGUGCAGUGAAAAAGUUUGGAAACGAUAGCCAAAUCAGCUUAAUAGCUGCAGAGGUUGGUGGGUCUGUUGAAGCUGCUCCAGUAGAUGCACAGGUUGAGCUUUUUGAUGCUUUAGUAGAUGGUUGCAGAGAAGCAGUUAAAGGAGGAAGUAUGGAUGCAAAGGGGCCAUUGUUGGACUUUUUUGGUGUUCCUGUGAAGGCUGAUGAUGUAUUGAGCCGAGUGGAAGAACUUCAACUCCUUGCAAAACGAGUAAACCGCUACAAUGAUCCAAUCUCACAGUUUCAGGCUUUGAUGUACCUCAAACCUGCAACUUGGUCUAAAGGUUGUGGCUGGAACCAGAAGGAUGAUGCAAGACUGCUGCUAGGGAUUCACUAUCAUGGAUUUGGGAACUGGGAAAAGAUACGGAUGGAUGAAAAGCUUGGGCUCUUGAAGAAGAUUGCUCCUGUGGAACUUCAACACCAUGAAACUUUCCUACCACGAGCUCCCCAAUUAAAAGAAAGAGCUUCUCAACUUCUUGAAAUGGAACUUGUGGCUGUUGGUGGCAAGGCCUCUGGGACCAAAGGGGGUCGAAAGGGCACUAAAAAGCAAAAAGAUCAAUUUCCAAAUCACAACAACCCAAUUUCUCGCACUAGAGGCAAACAGUGGAAACCAGGCUCAGGGUCUCCUGAAGCAAAACUCCCAAAAAAUAAAAUCAAAAUGACACGUGGCACUGGCAAGAAAACCGAGCCCUUGGUUAAAGAGGAAGGUGAGAUGUCAGACACUGAAGAAGUGUAUGAACAGUUCAAAGAAGUUAAAUGGAUGGAAUGGUGUGAAGAUGUCUUGACUGAAGAAAAAAAGACACUUGAGCGUCUUCAUCGCCUACAAACCACCAGUGCAGAUCUUCCCAAGGAAAAGGUUCUUUCGAGAAUUAGAAAUUAUUUGCAGCUUCUCGGGCGAAAAAUUGAUCAAAUUGUUAUUGACCAUGAGGAGGAUCCGUAUAAACAAGAAAAGAUGACAACACGUCUAUGGAACUAUGUGUCCACCUUCUCAAAUCUAUCGGGUGCCAAACUUCAACAAAUCUAUUCCAAACUGAAACAAGAGAGAGACUCAGCAGCAGGAGUAGGAGUGGGCCCUUCCCAAAUCAACGGAGGAGGAGGAGGACGAGGUUUCAGAAACGAUUCAUACCACCAAUCAUCAUCCACAUCCACAUUAGUCCACAAAGGCCUUGACACUGCAAAAUUCGAAGCAUGGAAAAGAAGAAGACGGGCCGAAUCCGACCCAAACACCCAUUUCCAACCACCACCACACCAAAGACCUCCCUUUGCUAACGGGACCCGUUUACCCGACCCAAGUAUCGGAAUCCUCGGGGCAGCCCCAUCCGCCCGCCCACCUGCUUUCGGUCAAAGACAAGGAGGCUUCACGUGAGUGAGUUAUAUAUAUUAUAUAUAUUUUACAGUUUAGGCCUGUUUUAGGGAGGGAGAGGUUAUUAUUGGUUUCGCCCUACCCUGGUUGCAAACCUUUUUCUGGUUUUUCUUACAAAUAUUAUUUUCGGAAGCCUGUCCACAAGCAAUAAAAAGAUGGUGGUGGUGGUGGUGGUUAACCGAUGAGAAACAAAGGGAAAAGUAAAUGGAAUUGAUGCAAGUGCAACCAUAAAGUUUUUGCUUUUUUAUUUUUUUUGCCUUGGUUCGUUCGUAUCUCUUUUUCUCUUAUAUAUAUAGUGGCAGUCGGUAGUUCACUUCACGCUUAACGGAUUUCGUAGCUCCAUUUUGAGAUAUAUUACCAAACCAACAAUUUUAUGUAUCUCCCAAAUUCAAAUUGUAUACUAUCCGCAUCUGGUUUUUGGUUAA